AUGCAACAACAGGGUCAAAACCCUAACCCCAACCCUGGGAACCCCAGUAAUCACGUGGAGAACGAGGACAAGGCCCUUGAGAGGUUCCAGAAGUUUGCUCCACUAAAGUUUAUUGGGGGGCCCGAUCCAGAUGUGGUCGAAAGGUGGUUAGAAAAGAUGGUGGACAUCUUUGCUACUCUACACUACACGAAGGAAAGGGAAGGUGAGGAGAAGAAACAGAAAAUCAAGGUGAAAUCCAAAGUGCAGAUUUCUGAGAAUCAAAGGGCAGCUGAAGUUGCUAAAGCAAAUGCUGAACUCGCUACAAAGAAGUCCAAGUGGGCUCAGCAAGCAAAGAUGGCUGAAGUGGAGAUUGAAAAACUAAAGGUUGAAGAACUUAGCAAGGCUACUGUUGAUUAUGAGAUUAAGGUUCAAGAGGCAAAUUCAAAGCUCUACAAGAAGCAAAAGGAAGCAGAGGCAUUGUUGUACCAGCAAGCUAAAGCUACAGAGGCUCAAAGAGUGGGAGCACAAGCUGAAUGUUAUGGAGUCUAUAUCAGCACUCUGUUGAACUCAAUAGGUGGAAACUACCAUGCUCUGAGAGAUUAUCCGAUGAUCAAUGGAGGCAUGUUCAAAAACAUUACCAAAAUUAAUGCUAAAGCUAUUAAAGAAUUGCAACCAAAGAUCAGCGUUUGGUCAAAUGGUGGUAGACGAGCCUUAGAUGGAGCUGGAACUGAAAGUGUAGCCAUCAAAGAGAUAGAGAUAGCAUCUAUUUAUCGUAGAAAUAAAAUUAUUGCCCAUCCGUAA